AGUUAUUUUACUAUGUAUCACGGAGUUGUUUCUAGUGCCAACAAUAAUAAAUAUGGAGAUCAAAAUGAGGCAGGACGCUUUACCACAGCUGUUAUACGAGCGAAAAAGGCCUUCAGGAGUCGGAUUUCGGAACGGCAAGGAACAGUAUGCAUCUAAGGUCUUUGAAAAUAAUAUUUCUUUCUUUCAGAAAAAAAACAACUUUAUACUUAGAUGUUUCAAAUAUAAAGAGUGUGUAAAGUUUGUACCAGAUCCCACUAAACCUCAGCGUCCACAUGGUCACUUUCAGUAAUAUUCAGGUUUUUCUAUACAGUUUCUUUAGAUGCUAUUGUGGAGAGCUGGACUACAAACAUCAUGACUAUGAGAACAUGGUCAAGAAUAAUAAUGAUAAUACGUGGACAGAAUCGAAUGAUAUAAAAAUUAUUGGACCGACGAAUGCUUUUGGUCAAAUUGAAUUCUCUGAUUCGCCUAUUCAAAAACCAACAGAGUUUGUUCGAAUUUCGGAUGAAGAUAGACUUGAAGACGUAAUGAUACUAAUGAAAGAUUAUUGGAAAAUGAUGGAACCGGAAAAACCAAGUCUUUGCAUAUCUGUUAUCGGUGGUGCAAAGAGUUUUGUUCUUGAUGGACAUAAAAAAGAUGUUUUCUAUUCGGGUUUAGUUCAAGCUGCACUAAGUACCAAAGCAUGGAUUGUAACGUCUGGAUUAAAUUUGGGUAUUGUACGAAUGGUUGGCAAAGCAUUACAAGAUCAAAAGUUUCAUUUUGAUGAAUGGAAACCAUCUGAAUCACUUAUUUGUCUUGGUAUUGCUCCUUGGGGUUAUGUGUUGAACCGACAAACACUUAUCUCAGAAGAUCAUAAUACACCUGUACGAUAUGAAAUCACAGAUUUUAUAACACGUGAUUCUCCUGUUUCUUUAAAUCAAAAUCAUACACAUUAUAUAUUUGUUGAUGAAGGUAGACGUUUAAGAUAUGGCGGGAGUAAAUCAGCUGAAUUUCGAGCUAGACUAGAAAAACAAAUUGCUCUCCCUGUUGAAAAGGGUGGUUUCGGUAUUCCUGUAGUACUUGUAAUUGUUGAAGGUGGUCACGACGUUUUUAUUGAUGCUAGAAAUAGUCUUAAAGAACAUGUUCCUGUAGUGAUUUGUUCUGGUACUGGGCGAGCAGCUGACAUCCUAACAUUAGCAUUCGAGUAUCGUUUGAAAAAUGAUACAUUUAAUGGAUUCUCAGAGACGGAAUUGGCUGUAUUAAAACAAAAACUGCAAAAUAUUUCUGGCACUCCAUCGAAAGUUGAUUCUGCUAUAAAAAUGAUUGAAUUCAUUGUACAAAAUGAAAGUUUAAUUACAACGUUUGAUAUGAAUCAAUCCAAUGAUUUAGAUUUGGCUAUUCUAUUCUCAUUAAUUAAAACAUCAUCUAAUGCAGACAAACAAUUAGAAUUAGCAUUCGCCUGGAAACGUAGUGACAUUGCACGAGAGAAAAUAUUUCAACAAGGCUAUCAAUUCGAUCAAGUCACAUUGGAGUAUUUCAUGUUAGAAGCAUUAAAAAAGGAUGAACUUGAUUUUGUGAAAUUAUUUCUACAUCAUGGUGUAUCAAUGAAAGCAUUUCUUACUGUCGAUCGACUUAGUACUUUAUAUAAUAAUUCAGUGCAUCGUGAUGGUUUAAUCAAAUGUCUUCGCAAGCAUAAACUUCUUCAGUUGUCAACAAAUAUUGUUAAAAAUGAAAAUACAAGUCAGUUUACGGAUACUUCAAACAAAAGAUUACGAUUAGCUACUGUUGGUUUAUUGUUAGAUAAAAUGUUGGGAGGUUUCGACAAUUACCUUUAUGAAACUGACGCUGACAGUCCAGACAAUCUGCCUAACGUAGUGAAUCAGUCAAGGUUUUCCUCUCCAUUUCAAGAAUUAUUUCUUUGGGCAGUGUUGCAUCAACGUCAACAUAUGGCUUUAUACUUUUGGGAGCUCAGUGAUAAUGGUCUUAUCUUAGCAUUAAUAGGGUGUUGUCUUUAUUCGAAUAUGAUUAAAUCAUUACCUUCAUAUGAUACAGAAGCAAGAACUUUAUAUGAAUCAUAUGUUAAAGAAUUUGAAAUGAUUGCAACUCGUUUACUGGAAAAAUGUUAUGCAACAAGUGAAGAGCUCACAUUAAAUCUACUAGAUAGAGAAACACAUAUAUGGGGUAAUUUCAAUUGUUUAAGUUUAGCAGCUCAGUCGUUACGUCGAAAAUUUAUCAGUUCAACAGCAUGCCAAGAUUCACUGUAUCGUGCAUGGCGUGGAGGAGUGCAUACCAAUGCGUUUGUAAUAUUAGCAACAUUAUUUUUUCCUUUCCUAUUAUGUUUUGAUUACUUAUUUCGAUGGGAUAAUCGUCGUGCAAUUGAAAAUGAAUCACAAAACUUAGUUGAAUCCAUUAAUUCUUCUAAUCCUGAUAUUAGGAAUAAAAGGAAUAAUUCUACCGAUUCAUGUUGUGGAAUAAUUCCUAAAUGCAAAAAAAUCAAAUCAAGAUUUCAAUUAUUUUAUAAUGCUCCAAGAACCAAGUUCAUAUUUAAUGCACUUGUCUAUGUGGUAUUCCUGAUACACUUUUCAUACACUUUACUAUUUCAAACAUUGCCAGAUAAGAUUUCAAUUCAUGAAUCUAUUGUUAUCGGGUAUUUUAUUGCGAAAUUGAUUGACAUGAUUGAACAGAUUUCUCAAUCUCAAUUUGGGCUAUUAUCCGCUCAGUGGCAUGAUUUAUAUUGGAAUAAAUCUGAUGUAGUUUUAGUCUGUUUAGGUUUAUUUAGUGCAUUGUUACGCAUAGGCUUCAGUAAGACUUUUAUCCUUGCUAAGUCAUUCUAUGUUAUAACAUUGGUUGGUUGUUAUUUAAAAGUCUACAGUCUCUAUUCACAUCAUCCACGUUUGGGUCCUAAAUUAGUUAUGAUUCGAAGUAUGCUAAUUGAAUUGCUAAUGUUUAUAUUCAUACUUGUCGUUGUACUGGUUAGUUAUGGUGUAUCACAACAAGUAUUACUUUAUCCAUAUCGUGCUGAUUUUUCAUGGAGAACUUUACGUGAUAUACUUUAUUAUCCUUAUUGGAAUUUAUAUGGUGAAAUUAUGUUGGAAUAUGCUUUUGGUGAAAGUGAUGCAUGCACAUUGACUGGUGUAUUGAAUUCGGAAUGUCCAAUGUCCAAUUAUCUAAGUCCAUUAUUUUUAGCUAUUUAUUUAAUGAUUGCUGGAAUCUUAUUAAUCAAUCUGUUAAUUGCAAUUUUCAGUAAUGUAUUUGAAAAAAUUGAAGAGAAUUCAAUUGAAUUAUGGAAAUUUAAUAUAUUUUCAAUAGUAUUGGAAUACAGUAGUAGACCAGUUCUACCGGUACCUUUCUCUAGUAUCACAUCUAUUAUCAAAUUUAUAUUGUAUUGUCUACGUUGCAAAGUAAUUUAUUCAAAGAUUCAACAAUGUUGUAAAACAACACCUCCAGUUGAUCAAAGUGAUGAAACAAGUUCAUUAACCAGUUCAAGUAAAGUUGUCAUCAGCUACAAAGAAAAUCCUAGAUUAAUCCCUGACUAUAUAAAGAAGAAACCUAAGAAAAAUUCGAAUCAAUAUAACGGUGUUGAUGAUAAUGAUGAAUUUCCUAAUCCUAGACAAUUAGAAAACUAUUGCAAAGGUGUACUUAUUAGAAAGAAUCUAUUAAAACAAAAUGAAUAGUUUAUAUUUUCAAGAUAUAACAAUAAUACCAGAGAUUUAAAAGCAAGAAUGAAAUUAUAGAUUGCUGUCCAAUUACCACAAUCUUUAUAAUUUGAAUAAUAAUAAAAAGAAGAAGAAUGAGCAUUUCUUUUAUAUAUUAUAAAUAACUUGAUUCUAAUGUAUUCUCAUCGUCUUUUUCUUUUCUUGCUAAUAAUCUCUUACUAAUGUACUUUUAUUAAUAUAGACGCUUUGAAUGGUUUGUAAUUUCCCCUUCAAUAGUCUUUCCUUUCUUUUUUUUUAUCAUGUUAUUGUGGUUAGUUUUUUCCUUAUUUUGAAAAAAGAAAACCGAUUUGUAUCUUUGAAUUAUUUUCUUCAAUUUUAUGAAUUAAUGCAAAAUGUAUAACCAUUUAAGAUCAUACAUAAAUAAAUACACACGGGAUAUCUGUGGC